AGUUUGAUGUUGCUCGCACGACCAAAAGGACAUGCGAAACGGAAGUCACGACGAAGCGCGACAGCUGUACGUACGAGCGCGCGCGGGAUAUAAACUGUUUAUAUUAAAGAAUAUAUAGAUAUAUAAAUAAUUUAUAUAAUUUUUUUAUGAUAAAAAAAAUACUAGUUGUGUAAGUGUGUAAUUAAAGAUAGUAAAAAAAACUAAAUAUUUCCUAAAACAGUGCGAAACUUCGCAUGACCACAAUUAACCACAGCUUUGCGCGCAGGCGGCAGCACAAUUUACUGUUGGUCGAAAGUGUGGUCGCUCAACGCCGGUGCAGCACAUCUGCUACUGUGGGUACACAGUAAACUCGCAGCAGCCGGCGACCAGCUGCAACAACAACCGCUGAGCUUACAACACUGUACAGUUAUGGCUCAAAGCAAGGCAGCCACUAAAAAUAGUAAAGGAAAGUUUAAAUAGUGUUUUCCGACAAAACGGCGCAAGAAGACUCCCUGUAAAAAGCAGUGCAAUCAAACGUGUGCAAAUAAGUGGCGCACAGAACAUACAAAGGAAAUAGCGGAAAUAAGAAAAAACGCUGCCGAAAUUGUUGACUAUGGCGCGAGAGUCGCCACAAAUUCUCUAGACAACGUGCCACAGCUGUGCAACAACACAAAAUAUCAAAAAAGAAAGAAAAAAACGAAUGUGUGAAAUUAUUGGCGGAAAUGAAGCAUGCAACUUGUGUCCAUUACUGGCAUUGCCUGAUGGAAACAGUCAUACAGCAGUCAAUAGCCAACAGCCAACAACAGUCGUUGCGACAUAAACGAGACUAUCAGUAGCAGCUACAGCAUCAAGAGCAACGACAGCUUAGCUCAUCCGUUUCUCAACGCCACCUCUACCAGCAUAGACACAGACACGUUUGAAGCCAGAGAUACAGCUUUGCCACCUUCUCACUGCGCUUCAGUGCAACGGCCAAGAGCCACAGUCUACACCCGGCAGCGCGCCACAUCAAAGUGUCGAGGAAGCGAGUAGAGGAAAUUAAAAUUUGCAUGUGAAAGGAGCUGUAUUCUCGUAUUGCCUGGCAUUCGCUUACAACUCUGGCUGCGCUUUCGGCGCACAGCGCUUAAAACGUGUGGAUUUGUUCCUAUUGCCAAGGCGAAAAAAUAAGGCCGAGAAUUUCACACUCACAACGGCGAUGGCCGCCCGGCUUUAGUGCGCUUUUUAUGUGUGGCGUCACAGCGAUGAGCAAAAAAUACACGCAAUAAGCAAAGGCGUUGGCUUUCGAAGUGGAAAAAAUUGUGUAAACAACAACAAGUACAAAUAGAACGGGAAAACACUUGGCGGAAAUCAACACCAUUGCUAACUGCAAUUUCAAUUUCUGUGCGACGCCACAAUGCCGACGUAGGCAAUCUUGUUUGCCCUGCAGCCACCGGAGGCGCAGAAAGCGUUAAGUGAAAAGUGAAGAGUGAAAAGUGUUGGGUGCUGAGUGAUAAGUGAAUAGUGCUUUUCUAUUACCGCAUUCUCGCAAAAAAAAACCGCGUUAUUUCGUGUGUGUGCGUGAGUGUUUUUUAACGGUAAAUACAAUACACGUGCACGCCUAGACCGCAAAAGUGACGACGCUGUGUGUGGCACUAAUUACGCAGAUACUCUCAAAUGUGGCAGUCGUGUGGCUUGUAGAAUCGACAAAGUACUCUCGGUGGCCUGCUGCCACCCUCAAUCUUGCAUGUGGCAAGUAAAUGUCACUAUGCUUCAUCGUUCUUGAGCGUCACUGUCACUGCCACAAAAGAUAACAACGCCGGCUAGCAAACAAUAACAAAAUUAAACAAGCUACAACGUGGCACGAACUGGAGCAGUGGUACAUGCCACAUGAAUGAAUUCCAACAUUUAUCCGUACCAACUUCAGCUUAGACUUUUUGCAUAAGAACCAACCGAGCAAGCAAUCGAACAAGCACGCGUGCAGGCCAUGCCACAUGCGGCAUGCAGCUGCCACUGCUGAAGCAGCAACUAUUACUCAACUCUAAUAUCAAGUGCUAUUUGUAGUGGCAUCAAUAUAGCCGAAGUUAUUGCCAGAACCCACCGCAUCGUUAGCGUGCAGCGCCGACUGUAGCACAAGCAACAGCAUGCUGUCAGCAGCGUCCGCCUCGGCGCCUUCAUGCGUCUCUGGGUUUAUCGCUUAUUCAGCAAUCGUUUUGCUUUGCACUUCCGGAAUCAAAGCCAGUUGGGAAGAAUGGUGGACAUAUGAUGGCAUAUCCGGACCAAGUUUUUGGGGCCUUAUCAAUCCACAAUGGAAUAUGUGCAACAAAGGGCGGCGUCAGUCACCAAUAGACAUAGUGCCCGACAAGUUACUCUUCGAUCCAUAUCUGCGACCAUUGCAUAUCGAUAAGCACAAGGUUUCCGGUACACUACACAACACAGGUCAAUCGCUCGUCUUCCGCGUCGACAAGGACACAAAGCAGCCGGUAAACAUCACUGGUGGCCCUCUCGCCUAUCGCUAUCAAUUCGAGGAAAUUUACAUACACUACGGCACCGAGAACAGUCGGGGGUCAGAGCACUACAUACAGGGUUACAGUUUCCCCGGUGAGAUACAAAUCUACGGCUUCAACAAGGAACUCUAUCACAAUAUGUCCGAGGCGCAGCACAAGUCACAGGGCAUUGUGGCGCUCUCGCUCAUGGUGCAAAUUGGGGAUACGCCAAACCCCGAAUUGCGAAUUAUUACCACCACCUUCAACAAGGUUUUGUACCGAGGGUUUUCCACACCCAUCAGGCACAUAUCAGUGCGAUCACUGUUGCCAAAUACGGAUCACUACAUCACCUACGAAGGAUCCACAACGCAUCCUGGCUGCUGGGAAAGCACCGUUUGGAUAAUUGUAAACAAACCCAUUUAUAUCACAAAGCAAGAGUUGUACCAACUCCGACGACUGAUGCAGGGCUCCGAGAGUACACCGAAAGCUCCACUAGGCAAUAAUGCGCGUCCCGUGCAAGGACUACACCAUAGAACCGUAAGGACAAAUAUAGACUUUAAGCGUAAUAAGAAUCAAAACUCGUGUCCGACCAUGUACAAGGACAUGUAUUAUCGAGCGAAUCGCUGGUCACCGGACACUGGCUUAUUGAUUCGUUGACCCAACACAGUAUACAUGCACAUAAAUUACAAUAAUAUUAAUAACAAUAACAAUAAUGGUAAUGGUAAUCAUAACGUUAGUGACUGUAAUAGUAUUGGAGACAUAAGCAACUACAUUUGCGAUAAGUGUAAAGACAACGGUAAUAAAUACAACGACACGCAUGCGCACAACACCAGUGCCGCGAAUAGCAGUAAUUGUGAAAAUAACAACAACAACAGCAGCAUUGGGGCGCUGAGAGAUUGCAGAUGUAUGCAGAAUAAUUAUGAACGCAGCAUUUGUGGUCACAAUUGCAGCUGCAACAACAACAGCAACACGGCAACAAGUGACAACUUUAAUUGUGGCAACAAUGGCACACGACAAACAACAGCAAUAUGUUCAAGCGCUGCGGUGAGUGUCGGCAAUUUGCGUGCAGCAAUAAAUGUACGCGAUAAUAAUCGAAUUCGUUAUUACGAAAACCAUGCGGGGCGCGGCAAACGCGAAUAUAGCCGUAAUGCGGUGGAUGCGUCAAUGCGGCAGCUGCAACUGUUGCUGCCAAUUUCAACGCUGCACAAUGCUCGCACCGAAUUCGCUCUUUUCCACGCUUAAUUUCACACAUUUGUCAUUAUUAUGCCGAUAUGCACACAAAUGCAAUACUUCGCACACACGCAUAGAUACAUUUUGUGAACGUGUGUGUGUGUGUGGUUGCGCAUAUGAAUGCCCUGUGUGAAAACUAUUUAAAGUAUUCGCAGCUGUACGUUAUUAAAUUAAAUUGUAAUUCGAUUCAGUUUGGCGACACUACGUAAAAAAAAAAUAAUGAAAUAAUUAACAAAUUACAUACAUACGAAUAUGUUGUGGAAUCAGGUAUACUACGCGCAACUCGAAAGCUUCAUACAAUUAAUGUGGAAAAAAUACAAACAAAUCAAUACUAACAGGUUAUAUACCAAGCAGCAUUUGUGUGUAUGUGUGUGCGCAUUUGGGUCACGUAUGAGUAUACCCACACUCCAACAUGCUUCUGCAUACACACUCACACAGAAACUAUACAAUAAUUGUAGCUAAAUAGAAAUCAUAAUAAUGAAUUAAUAUGCAAACUGUAUGGGCGGACAAUAACUACAAAAUAACUAGCAAAAAUUAAUUAAUGGACACCGUAAAUACAUAUACAUACACACAUGCAUAUAUAGUUACUUACGAAGAAUAAGAAAAAAAACCCAAGUAAAAACUCUCCAGUAAACAGAACUCUACGUAUACUUAUAUACUCAAUAAAUCUACUCAUUAGUCCGAACUAUAAUUAUGUAUAAUUAACCGCUUCUGCUUGACUCAUACUCACUAUCACCCAUAGAACAACGGCUAUGCAAGAUAAUGCAUGAAGUAAUGCAUUCAUCCUAAUGUAACUAGUUUAUGAGUAGUGUUACCGUUACUUCAAAAUCUAAUAACUUCUCUUUUAAAAAACAUAAAAUCAGUGAUAAAAAAUAUACGAAAAAAUCUGCACAAGUUUUUGAGGGUGAGAUUCAGAUAUUUGGAGGGGUAGCUUAAUAAUUCAAUGACUAAAAAAAAAGAAAUGUGUUAUAUCACAGCAUGGUCUACACCAUCCAUAACUGUAGGCUAAAUGUAAAUAUUUUCAAGUUGAUGAAACGAUUCUCUCCACUAACCAGUCUUCUCUUUUGAUAGUAGUCAAGCAAAAUGCAUAUUUCAAAAAAUGCUGCCAUGGUAUUGUUGCCACGUUGACUUGCUUUUGCUGUCUCUUACACAGAAUUUCAUUCGUGCGGUUUGUAAACUCAAACUGAAAAAGUUUUCCGCUACUCCUAUAAUGUUGUAAACGCAUAUAGAAGGCAGUUUCUGUUGACUUUCUCAUUUUGUGUGUAACACUUCCCAGCGUUAGCUACCAAAUGUUCGUGCUCAGUAACACUAAAAAUAUUUGUCUCAUUUAAUAACAUAUUCCACUUCAAAAGGUUCAGUUGUUAUUUAGUAACCGUUCACGUUGCGCCACCAACUCGAGUUUAUUGUAAUCAGAAAUACUGAGUUUACCACAGAAAACCUUAAAUUCUGCUCUCAAUAUGUUUGUUGAAACUUAACCCUGUUCUAGAGUAAAAUAUUUAAUUUUCAGCAAGCUGCUUUUAUUCUCUGUUUUAAUUAGUUUCAGAGGUGUUUAAUAAUGAACCUUAUAUUUUCCAAAAAUAUUGCAACUAGAAGAACUCGUUCGCAUACCUCUUAUUGCGAUAAAUUUAGAAGUAAUUCAUUGACAGUGCUUAAUUUACUCGUAGCGGCUUUUACUGUAUUAAGGGGCUGUUUGAAACCCCAACAACCUCAACCAUUAUCACACAUGCCAAACUAUUGGUUUGUUCUUGAGCAUAGCAUAUUAAAACGGUAAAUAUAUAUGUUAACAUAGAAAUUGUACAUUAAACAAAAAGCAAAUUAGACAAGGAGAAAAUUGAGUUGCUCUCAGUAGACGCUAAUCAUUAGAGAUUAAUCCCAGUGAGUAAAUUAGGCGGCCAAAAUAUGUUUUGAGUUGAAACGCCUAGCAAUUAGCUAAUAAGUACGUUAGUGACUAAAUAACCUAGAUUUUAGU